UUGUUGAUAUUUUUAAUUUGUCCAACGGCCCAAAAGGAGAGAGGUGGAUUUGGCCAUGUAAUUAUUAGAGUUCAAAAGUUGCAUUCGAGAAGCUUACAAGUUAAAUACGAGUGCGUGUGUGUGUGCGUGCCCGUCACCCCAAAGCCCACUUAGCCACUAGACGAAGGUGAAGCUGCCAGUCAAAAAAAUGUGUAAGAGUAAGAGUGGUCCACACUUUGUUGCUAAUUAUUGCUACUUUUUGUUAUGGGGCUCUCCCCAGCCCCUUUAUUUACCCCCACUGUCUCCUCUCUGUUUGCUUAGCCCAGUCCCAGCGAAUAUCCUCUCUCUCGCCAAUGUCUCUAGCUGUCGUAAAAUCUCCCAAACACUGUGCCGACAAGCAAGGAUUGAAGAUUCACAAGCGUUACAAGAAGCUGUUCCUCGCACUAUCAGCAUUUCUCUGCGCCAUUUCUUUGCUCAUAUUGCUUCUCUGGCUAACCUUACAUCCCUCAAAGCCACAAUUCUGUGUCAACGAGGUUGUCGUGUACCAGCUGCAGCUCAUAGACCUUCACCUUCUCAACUCCUCCAUCCAGCUCACUCUCUCAUCCAAGAACCCAAAUCAGAAGGUGGGAAUUUACUACGACCAGCUCCAAGUUCACGCAGCUUACAAGAGGCAACAGAUUACUCUCGAUACCUCCUUUCCUCCCUUCUACCAGGCCCACCAAGAAACCAAUUUGUUGACAGCUUUCUUGGCCGCCACCACGCUACCCGUCGCUCCCUCAUUCGGCUACGAGGUUGGGCGCGAUCAGACCGCGGGGCGCCUUCUUCUCAGUCUCCGAGCCAUGGGACGACUUCGAUGGAAGGUCGGGACUUGGGUUUCCGGACGCUACCGCUUUACCGUCGAUUGCGUUGCAGUCAUGCCAUUUGGUCCUACUCUCCCCACGCCUCCCCUCAGCCUUAACCAACCAACUCGUUGCUCCACAACCCUUUAAUAGUAAGGAACAACUCUUGUCUUUGUCACCAAGAUGGAUAAUUCAACUUCAUUUCUCUCUUAAUUGUCAAAUAUUUAAUGGUCUAUCAAGGAGCCAAAUAUUUUCCAGAAAUUUGCUAUGUUCAGCCUCCCUCACAUACCAAUCAAAUUAUAUGGUUGUAAUAUAAUAGACUACCACUUUCUUACCUUGCUCUGUACUCUGUACAUUACAUGCUUCUCCACUCUCUGCCCUGCCCCUGCGUGUAUCUUAAUUGAUUAUUGUAUAACCAUGAUUGAUGUUCAAACUCUGAGAUACAAGGAAUACAAAGCAAUAUUGAACUUGGUUUUCUAUUGA